AUGCGGGAGGCCGGGUGCGGGUCGCGCGCCGCGAAGGAAGUGCCUGCGCACGAUGGGGCAGCUGCCGCCGCCGUGCGCGCGCCACCCGAGGAGGAUCUCCAACGCGUGGUGGAGGCGACGCUGAUGGAGGAGCAUGCGUGUCUUGAGGGGCUAGAGGAGGCAUUGAGGGAGGCGCGUCAGGUGCAGCUUUUGCUGCGUCAGGCGGAGUGUGAAGGCUCCGCACCGCCUGAGGAUGGAACGGGGCCCACAAACGCUGCCGUGCCCCACGUGCAGGCGGGUGCGCACGCACACACACGGCCUGCGGGGAGCAGGGCGCAGCAGUGA